AUGCAGCUCCCAUCUUUCAACAUCUUCGGCUGGGGGCAAGCCUCCAGCCUCCUUCCGAUGUUCACUCAGCAACCAGCGCAAUCCACAAAACCUAGCAAGGAUGUUCAAAGCUUAAUGAACAUUGGUCGUGUCCGGGCAGAGAUCGAGCUUCUUGUGGAUGUCAUUUUCUACAAGCAUGAGACAGAACAGAUCAUAGGGAUGCAACCUACCAUCACAGUAGGUGAGAGGAAUGAGCGGACCGUCGCCAACCUCCCCUACCCGUCUGCCGCUGACUUCCAACAUGUCCGUGCUCCACACGUGAUCGCCUUGACUCAUACUGUUCCUAGUUCGUGA